AACAAAUCUGAAGAGUCUUUUUCAUUUUUCUUUGCAAGUCUCCUCCUCCUAUAAAAGGAAAGGAGGAUCCUUUCUUCUCUCUCAAAAAUCAAUUAUUUGCUCUGUUUCUCUUAUGAUCCUCAAAAUGUGUUUGAUAAUGGAAGCGGCGGAUGAUCACGUCGACGGUGGUGGUGUUUUAGUUGCGCCGUCGAAUUUCUCGAUGGUUGAAGACGGGAUUUACCGAUCCGGGUUUCCUAAACCGGAGAAUUUCGGUUUCCUCACUACCCUAAAUCUUCGUUCCAUCAUCUAUCUUUGUCCUGAACCAUACCCAGAGGAGAAUCUCAAGUUUCUUGAGGCUAACAACAUUAAGCUUUUCCAAUUUGGAAUCGAAGGCAAAACGGAUCCUCCAACUCCCAUGCCAAAAGAUACAGUUUUGGAUGCUCUCAAAGUCUUAGUUGGUAAGGAAUCCAACACUCAAAACACCAAAAGUCUUCUGGUUUUCAUGAGUCUUAACUUGUCUUGUUUUCAUCUUUUAGAUGUAAGAAACCAUCCCAUUCUCAUACACUGCAAAGCCGGAAAGCAUAGAACAGGUUGUUUGGUGGGAUGCUUAAGAAAAGUUCAGAGCUGGUGUUUAUCGUCGGUUCUCGAGGAAUACCAGAAGAACGCUGGUGUCAAGUGGAGACAAAGGGAUAUGAAUUUCAUUGAGGCCUUUGAUACCCUGAGCUUGAGGCAAUGUCUAUUGAGCAUUAUGUAUCGUUAUCACGGUUAUGGAUUUAAGAGGAAAAGGUUGCUCCAUGAAGAAGAAAAUGUCCAGACGCCCAAACCUCAGGCUGCUAAAGUUUGAAAAUGAGAGCUAACCAAGUGGGGACAUGGUUCAGGUUUUAACUUGAGACGCCAUUCAUAGGAUGAUAAGUUAGUCUAUGUCAAGAUUCAUAAACAGUGGUUUGAUAUGUUUUAGCAACAGAAUUGUACAGAAACGUUACUCUUCAUUAGAUAGUGUGAUGCAUGAGAGGUCAAUUAACUCCAUGACCACUAAUGCCUAAGUUACUUUACCUUUUAUGUUUAACUUGUCAUUAUAGUAGCCAUUACCAUUAUUAUUAUAAAAUUAAAGAUUACUACACUA